AUGGGUUUCUUCGACUUGUCCACAGGCAGCGUCAUCUCCGGCCGCUCCUCCCACUCCCGCCGGCACUCCUCCCACCACUCCAAAAAGCACAGCAGCAAGCACCGCUCCCGCUCUCGCUCCUCCUCGCGCUCCCGCAGCAAGCGCCACAGCGCACCCAGCAUCGCCGCCUCCAUCUUUGGCGGCGACGACUACAAGAAGAACAACGCGUCGCGCGGUUCCUUUUUCGGUAUUCCCAAUGCUUCGCGCUCAUCAUUCUUCGGCUUCGGCGGUGGCCGCCCCUCAUACUACAAACGCUCCCCCCGAAACGGCUUCGUCCAAAAAACCCUCAAGCAAGUCAAGCGCCUCUGGCGCGACCUAGUCUACUACGCCAAAAAGCACCCCUACAAAGUCGUCGCCCUCGUCAUCAUGCCCCUCAUCACAGGCGGCUUCCUCACCGCCCUCCUCGCCCGCUUCGGCCUCCGCCUCCCGCCCGGCAUCGAGCGCAUGAUUGGCAUCGGCGCGAAAGCCGCCUCGGGCGACUCCAUGGGUCUCGUCGGCGAGGCGGUCCGCAUGGCGAGCGGCGGGUUCGGCGGCGGGCUUGCUGGUGGCGCUGCUACCCGCGCGCAUGUCGAGAGAGGGUAUGAUGGGGAUUAUUCGUGGGAGAGGAGGAGUGUUGAGCGUGAUGGUGGUGGUGGUGGCGGUGGUUGGGCUGAUGGGCUUAUGAGUGGUGUUGCCAAGAUGUUUGUUUGA